CGAUUGGCUUCUGGCUUAGCUGGGAGGCGAGACGAAUUCUUGGUCCCACGAGGGGAGGUGGCCGAGGAGGUGCGCGGCCACCCCGGAGCGAUAGAGUGAGGCUUGCAAGAUGGCGGAAGGUGGGAACCCGGAAAGCCUGACUAAGGUGGUUCAUCUACUGGUCUUGUCAGGGGCCUGGGGCAUGCAAAUGUGGGUGACCUUCGUCUCAGGCUUCCUGCUUUUCCGAGGCCUUCCCCGACAUACCUUCGGCCUGGUGCAGAGCAAACUCUUCCCUUUCUACUUUCACAUCUCCAUGGGCUGUGCCUUCGUCAACCUCUGCAUCUUGGCCUCACAGCAUGCCGGGGCUCAGCUCACAUUCUGGGAGGCCAGCCAGCUCUGCUUGCUGCUCCUGAGCCUCAUGCUGGCCACCAUCAACGCCCGCUGGCUGGAGCCCCGCACCACGGCCGCCAUGUGGGCCCUGCAGACCAUGGAGAAGGAGCGGGGCCUGGGCAGGGAGGUACUGGGCAGCCACCAGGGCUCAGACCCCUAUCGCCAGCUGCGGGAGCAGGACCCCAAGUACAGUGCCCUCCGCCAGAUCUUCUUCCGCUACCAUGGCCUAUCCUCCAUUUGCAAUCUGGGCUGCCUCCUGAGCAAUGGCCUUCAUCUUGUAGGCCUCGCCCUGGGCCUCAGGAGCCUCUAGCCUCCACUGACUCUCUGCUGGGGCCCCAAAUGUCAAUAAACACUUCUUUGGAAAUGA